GAACAAAUUACAACACAAUAUAAAUAAGUAGGCAAACAUUUCAGAUCUAAUUUUGUAAUCAUUUCUGCACUCGGAGCUCACGCAUCGCUCCUGUUCCCUCGAAUCUCCCCUUCUAGCAUCUCAUCCCAAAAGUUAAGAAAUGGAGAAAUCUUGUACUCUGCUCGUUCACUUUGACAAAGGGACUCCUGCAAUUGCAAAUGAGAUUAAGGAAGCUCUUGAAGGCAAUGAUGUGCCUGCCAAAAUUGAUGCGAUGAAGAAAGCAGUCAUGCUUUUGUUGAAUGGCGAAACACUACCUCAUCUUUUCAUCACGAUUGUAAGAUAUGUUUUACCCUCUGAGGACCAUACAGUCCAAAAACUGCUUCUGCUAUAUUUGGAGCUCAUUGACAAAACUGAUGCGAAGGGUAAGGUGUUACCUGAAAUGAUCUUGAUAUGCCAAAAUUUGAGGAACAACCUUCAGCACCCAAAUGAGUAUAUUCGUGGCGUAACUUUGAGGUUUCUUUGCCGGUUGAAUGAGACUGAAAUAAUUGAGCCGUUAAUCCCUUCUGUUUUGCAAAAUCUGGAGCACAGGCAUCCAUAUAUUAGAAGGAAUACUAUAUUGGCUGUGAUGUCAAUAUAUAAGCUUCCACAAGGUGAGCAACUUCUGGUCGAUGCACCUGAUAUGAUCGAGAAGGUUCUUUCAACGGAGCAGGACCAAUCAGCUAAGCGGAAUGCGUUUCUCAUGCUCUUUACAUGUGCUCAGGAUCGUGCGAUUAGUUACCUUUUGACUCAUGUUGACAGGGUCUCUGAAUGGGGUGAAUCGCUUCAGAUGGUUGUCUUGGAGCUGAUCCGAAAGGUGUGCAGAACAAAUCGAGGUGAGAAGGGGAAGUACAUUAAAAUUAUUAUAUCCUUACUGAAUGCAACUUCGACUGCGGUUAUCUAUGAAUGUGCAAGCACACUUGUUUCUCUGUCAUCUGCUCCUACUGCUAUUAGAGCUGCUGCAAACACUUACUGUCAACUGCUUCUUUCUCAAAGCGACAACAAUGUGAAGCUUAUUGUGCUUGACCGGUUGAAUGAACUCAAGUCUUCUCAUAGGGAUAUUAUGGUUGACAUGAUCAUGGAUGUGCUUAGGGCACUUUCUAGCCCUAAUCUUGACAUUCGGAGGAAGACGAUUGACAUUGUUCUUGAACUUAUCACUCCACGGAACAUAAAUGAGGUUGUUCUUACUUUGAAGAAGGAAGUUGUUAAAACUCAGAGUGGAGAGCUUGAGAAGAAUGGUGAAUACAGGCAGAUGCUUAUUCAAGCCAUUCAUUCCUGUGCAAUUAAGUUCCCAGAAGUCGCAAGCACAGUGGUGCACCUAUUAAUGGAUUUCUUGGGUGACAGUAAUGUUGGGUCAGCUGUUGAUGUUGUUGUUUUUGUUCGGGAGAUAAUUGAAACCAACCCUAAACUUAGGGUUUCGAUAAUAACAAGGCUAUUGGACACUUUCUACCAGAUCCGAUCUGCACGUGUGUGUUCUGGUGCUCUUUGGAUCAUUGGAGAGUAUUGCCUAUCACUUUCUGAGGUUGGGAGUGGCAUUGCAACAAUUAAACAGUGUCUUGGAGAGUUACCUUUUUACUCAGUUUCAGAAGAAGAGGAAGCUACUGAUUCUUCAAAGAAGGAUCAGCAAGUUAACUCCAUCACUAUUUCUUCAAAAAGACCAGCUAUUCUUGCUGAUGGCACCUAUGCUACACAGAGUGCUGCCUCUGAAAAUGCUUUUUCCCUUCCUACCCUUGUUCAAGGAUCCUUGGCAUCUGGGAAUCUUAGAUCCCUGCUUCUCACUGGUGACUUUUUCCUCGGGGCAGUUGUGGCCUACACUUUGACCAAGCUUGUUCUGAGGUUGGAAGAGGUACAGCCUUCUAAAGUUGAAGUGAAUAGGGCAUCUACACAAGCACUGUUGAUCAUGGUUUCUAUGCUGCAAUUAGGACAAUCUCCUGUUCUUCCACACCCAAUUGACAACGAUUCUUAUGAUAGGAUUGUCCUUUGUAUAAGAUUGCUAUGCAAUACUGGUGACGAGAUAAGGAAAAUAUGGUUGCAAUCUUGCCGUCUUAGUUUUGUUAAAAUGCUUUCAGAAAAACAACUCCGCGAAAUAGAGGAAUUAAAGGCAAAGGCUCAGAUAUCUCAUGCACAACCAGAUGACCUGAUUGAUUUCUACCAUUUAAAGAGCAGGAAGGGUAUGAGCCAACUGGAACUAGAAGAUGAGGUCCAAGAUGAUUUAAAGCGUGCAACUGGGGAGUUUGUAAAGGAUGGGGAUGAUGCGAAUAAGCUUAACCGCAUUCUUCAACUGACUGGAUUUAGUGAUCCAGUGUAUGCUGAAGCUUAUGUGACUGUUCAUCAUUAUGACAUAGUCCUUGAUGUUACAGUUAUCAAUCGAACUAAGGAUACCUUACAGAAUUUGUGUCUGGAGCUGGCAACUAUGGGAGAUCUUAAACUUGUUGAACGCCCUCAGAAUUAUACACUAGCUCCUGAAACAAGCAAACAAAUAAAGGCCAAUAUCAAGGUUUCCUCUACUGAGACGGGAGUCAUAUUCGGGAACAUUGUUUAUGAGACUUCUAACGUACAUGAGCGAACAGUGGUUGUGCUGAAUGACAUUCAUAUAGACAUCAUGGACUACAUCUCUCCGGCAGUUUGUAGUGACGCAGCUUUUAGAACCAUGUGGGCAGAGUUUGAGUGGGAAAACAAGGUUGCUGUCAACACUGUAAUUCAAGAUGAGAAGGAAUUCCUUGACCAUAUUAUCAAAUCAACCAACAUGAAGUGCCUUACUGCACCGUCAGCGCUAGAUGGCGAGUGUGGAUUCCUGGCAGCCAACUUGUAUGCAAAGAGUGUAUUUGGGGAGGAUGCUCUGGUGAAUGUCAGCAUAGAGAAACAGGUUGAUGGUAAGCUGAGUGGGUACAUCAGGAUAAGGAGCAAGACCCAAGGAAUCGCUCUUAGUUUGGGCGACAAGAUCACCCUCAAGCAGAAGGGUGCAAGCUAAUUCAAGUGUUAUCAUUCCAUGUUGUUACCGGUUCUUGCUGCUUAAGUACAAAGGAUUAUGAGUGGCCUUUUGUUUUCUUCACUUCGUCGGAUUCCUUUAGGAGCUAUAUCUAUACCCUGAGAGGUUGCUGCUACAAUUACAGAUUUCUUUCUACAAAGCUUGUAUCUCGACAUGAAUUUUGCUCCUCCCAAGUGUUAUUUUUUGUAGAAACUUAAUCGUAGAGCUUGUUUCUAGCCUUUUUUUUUUUUUUUUUAAAGGUUUAUUGACAUUUUUGUAUGCACUGUUGUUCAUUACAAUACGCAUAAUUUCUACGUUGCUCUUUGCAAGCAGUUAAGAGAAAUGAA